CCUGAAUACUGCUGGAAUACUGCACAGGUAGCCAACAGCCCCCGGCCUUGAAACUCCAACAUCCCGAGCGAAAGAAAACGCACCACGCGCACCAUGCAGUCCCUCUCCCCCGAGUGCACCCCUCUCAAGCAUCGCUACGACACUUGCUUCAACCUCUGGUUCGAGGGCUAUCUCCAGCCAGCCCUCGACGGCCGUCCCGUCGUCGCAUACCCCUCAACCACCUCCUCCGCCCCCUCGACCCCUUCCUCUUCGUCAUCUGCUACCUCUGCAGUCGCACCUCCUCCUGCCACCCAGGCGAACGCCGAAGAAGAGCGUAAGAAGAAGCCCCUGAUCACCUCCUGGGCAGCUUCCAUCGCUCGGCGCUCUCCUGUUGCUCCCCGCCAGUCACAGCAUGCGCAUUUCGGGCAUCAUGGCCAGGCGGCCGACGUGGGCGAACGAGCCGGCCUCGAGUCCCAAGACCAUCCUCAGGGUGGAUACGACGUGGAGGAGUUUGAGAUUGAUACGACUGGCAAGACGCGGGCGCAGAUCAAGGCAGAGGAAUAUGACAGGGCGUGUGGCGCACUCUGGAAGGACUACCAAGGUUGUCUCCAGGUUCGUGGCACUUUUCUGCAUCACCGAAUCAAGCUGACCAGAGUCAUGUCUGAGCAGAAGUCUAUCAAAGAGAACGAAAGUCUUUCGGUCCUCCUCGAGCAAGCAAGAGAAGAACAUCCUCUCAAGAGCAUGGACAAGCUCGAGGGAACGGCUUGGGAUCCCAAGACAAAUCCUGCCGACGUCUUUGGAAAGGACUAGACUCUAAGAGAUGGCCUGUCGUGGACCACCACAUUUGUAGCAUCAAAUCCGACAUUUUGGGAUUUGCCUGUUGUAUAAUCACCAGAUAGUCAAGACACAAUCGUUAGACACCACUCUCAACAGCAUGAAUCUGACAAAGUCAUAUGAUAUAGCGAA